ACAAUAUUAACCAGUGGCGAAUCAUUUUCUACUUCACGAUGGGAUUAAAUCUACUUGGUGUUAUAAGUAACACAUUAUUUACAUCGGGGAAACGACAACCAUGGAAUGAAGGAAAAAGGCGGAAAGAAGGACACUAGAUGGUGCCUUCUGGUGAUACUUCGUCUUUACCAGCAAGUUCUGUCUGAUGAGCUAAUAAUAGCGAAAAACGUGUCACAGAAUGACUGCUACAGAACAUGUGAAUAUUCGUUUUCGUAUAUUAUUCGUUGGUUGUCAUAAGCUUGAAGGGUACGAGAUAAUUUACAACCAAGGAAAUAUUAAUAAAAAUGAUGGAACAGUACUAUACUUCAAAAACUAUCUUGAUCACUGUACAAAAAUUAUAGAAGUAGGGGAACAUAAAGUAAUACAAAUGCUGGUAACAUGUAAUAAUAACAAAAAAAUACUAAUCACUGCUCUUUACCGACCACCUUCAACGAAUGUAGAACAUUUCGUGUCACACCUAAAGGAAUAUCUAGAACAAACAAAAUCAUGUCAUGCGGACUGUCAUAUUCUGGUUGGAGAUAUUAAUAUAAACAUAUUAGAAAAUAAUGAUAAUGCUAAUGACUACUUAAAUACUCUCUCUGAAUACAACUUUAAUUCUUUAAUAAAUAAACCAACAAGACUAAAUAACUGUCUGGAUCACGUAUUUGUAAAAUUUAAAUCCAAAGAUCCAAUAAACGAUUGCAAGGCAGCUGUUCUAGAUACAAAUAUUACAUAUCAUAAGGCAACUGUAGUCACUGUGCCACUAAAUAUUAUAAAUAAUCUACCCAACAGAAAGAAAGAAAUAUUAAAUUACAACAACUUAAAAUUGGACAUUAAAGAUUUUGAUUGGACUGAAUAUUAUAACUUAAAAGAUAUUAAUGAUUUAACGGAAUACUUAAUAAAGAUAUUAACGUCUUACAUAAAUAAACAUACUGACACCAUUAAAAUAAAACGUUAUAAUUUUAAAAGAAAAAAAUGGAUUACAGCAGGAUUAGUAAACUCCAUCAAUAAAAAAAAUAAACUAUACAAACAACAUAUAAAUAUGCCAGGUAACAAAGAGAUAAAGGAAACUUAUAUCAGAUACCGUAAACACUUGAAUAUAGUUAUUAAAGCUGCAAAGAAAGAUUAUUUCAGACAAGAAAUUAUUAAAAAUAAUAAAUGUUCCAAAAAUCUGUGGAAAAUAGUUAAUAACUGUAAUAACGAACAAAAUAAUACCAAAAAGUUCAAAGAAAUAGUUACUGAAAAUAGCCAAUCUCUUACGAACAUUGAUGAGAUAGCUGAAGAAUUUAAUGAUUAUUUUUCCACAGUCGGAGAAAAAUACGCGCAAAAAAUAAUAAAACCUUUAUCUCAACCUCCAAAAAGAUGUACUACAUUGAAUUCCUUCUUUUUAGCAGAUGUUAAUGAAAAUGACAUUAAAAUUAUAAUAAACUCACUGAAAUCCAACAAAGCGCCAGGAAUGGAUAACAUAAAAUCAGAAGUACUAAAAGAACUGGGGCAUAUUUUAACUCGCCCCAUUACACAUUUAGUAAAUAGCAAUUUUGCUGUAGGAAAAUGGCCCGCACAGUUAAAGCAAACCGUAGUUGUCCCCAUACACAAGAAAGGUGAUCCUAAAUUAACAAAAAACUAUAGACCAAUUUCCAUAAUUAGUUCACUUUGUAAGAUUUUAGAAAAAGCUUUAAAGAACCAGCUAGUAAAAUACCUAGAAAAAUUCAAAUUAAUAUCAAAUAAACAGUAUGGUUUCAGAGAAGGGUUCUCCACGGAAAAUGCCAUAUCAUAUCUAUCAAAUAAAAUAUAUAACUUAGUUGAUAACAACAUACCAACGGCUUGUGUAUUCCUAGACUUGGCAAAGGCUUUUGAUACAGUAAGUCACACACAAUUACUAGAUACUCUGAUAGACACAGGUAUAAGAGGGAAAGCAUAUAAUUUGAUGGACAGUUAUUUAAAGGACAGGCAACAAGUAGUGAGAAUAGAAGGGACACAAAGUAGUACAAGGAACAUUAACUUUGGUAUACCACAGGGAACGGUAUUAGGACCAAUUUUAUUUAUUAUAUAUAUAUAUAAAUAACAUACUGACUUUCCAAACUAAAGGCGACAUUUUAAGCUUUGCAGAUGACACUGCGAUCCUAUACUCUGCUGACACUUGGACCAAUUUAAAGCUUAAAAUGGAAAGGGACCUAGGAAAUAUUAUAGAUAUAUUCAGUCAUAAACUACUCACGGUAAAUAUUGAAAAAACACUGUAUGUCCCAUUUACCAGUUAUAAAAGUGGCUUACCCGAUUAUAACUCGUUAAUUAUAGGAAAUCUGAUGAUUAACAGUGCAAGUAGUACAAAGUAUUUAGGAAUUCAGAUUGAUUCAUAUCUUCGCUGGGAUAAGCACAUAAAUCAAACUUGCAAAACUUUAAGAUGUCUUUUAUAUAAAUUUAGAUAUCUACAAAGUAUACUAGAUAUUCAUCAUUUAAAAAUUAUUUAUUUCUCCUUAGUAGAGUCACGUCUAAGGUAUGGAAUUCUUAGUUGGGGUGGCAUUGCAAAUACGCACCUAAAGCAAAUGAACAUUAUACAAAGAAAAAUAUUAAAAGUUAUUUACAAUAAAAAACUAGGGCACAGUACUGACGAUCUGUUUAUUGAAGCUCAAGUGUUAGAUAUAAGGCAAUUGUUUGUACUUGCAAUGUUCACUAAUCUAUAUAAAAAUAAACAGUUACUUGUACCACUAGAACACACAUACGAUACCAGAAGUAGAUCUCAGUCCUUUAUUAGAACAAACUUAACAAAGAAAGUAGUUGGACAAAGAAACUUUGAAUACCUUCAAAUAAAAAUAUAUAAUUUGCUUCCUCAAACAUACAAAACCUACUUAAUUACUAUAAAUUCCUUUAAAUUAAUAAAGUGCAUAUUUCAGACGUAUCUAAAAAUAAAUAAUAGAAAAAUGUUUAACCAUCUUUUUGAAUAAAUAAAUAAUAUAAACCUGUAAACCUAUAAUUAAACACAAAAAAAAUAAAUAAAAAAUAAACGCUCAAAAAUUGAUAAACUUCACUUCAUACCAUGUUCUUUUUGUUUAUAUUAAUUUGUAUUGUUCUUGCAUGUAAAAAUUUUACUUCUUAAAAAAAAUUAUUAUUAUAUCCAACACAAUAAAAUAAUUGUUAUGUUGUAUAUCUAACACAACUAUACUAAAAUGGCCCAUGCACAACUUAAUUGUUUUAAUGGGUUCUAUGGUUUGUUUGCGUUGAAUACAUAACAACAUAUCUAAAACACAUAGAUAUUAUAUUGCAUCAUAAUAAUUAUAUAUUUUUUUAUAUGUGUAUAUUUUUCAAGUGAAUAAACGUUAUUAUUAUUA